UGAAAGCUCAGAGUUUGAUACCGCACGGAGACAGAACGAGUUCUUUGCAGUAUUCAAGACAGACGCGGUGCAUUUGACUUUGUUGCUCUUUAGAGACAUCAUUUCUGUCAAGAAAUUUUCCAAAAGGUUUUAUAUCGUUAAGAUUCUUCUAAGGUUACGGCCACAGAGCAGCGUCAGACACUAAAACAAUUUGGUACAGGGUUGCUGUCUUAAGUCUGAAAGCUAGAUGUCAGGAACUAUGGCUACACACAGAAAGACUGUCGGUAUCAUAGGUGUCCCAUUUAGUGACGGACAGCCCAAAGCUGGUACAGAAGAUGGACCCAAAUGUCUGAGAGAUGCUGGUGUUGUUGCUACGCUUGAAAAACUAGGCCACACUGUUGAAGACCAUCAUGAUAUUUUGGUUGACAAGAAUUUACUCGGCAAGUCUAACUGCCCAAAGACUAAAAAUAAUCUCUCUGUUAGUGACGUCAAUCAAAAGCUCUCCAAGAAAGUCGCUGAAACAGUCGCUAAGAAGCAGACAGCCGUUGUCAUAGGAGGAGACCAUAGCCUAGGGAUCGGUUCGAUACAAGGGCAUGCUAAAGUAGAACCGCAUCUGGUAGUCAUCUGGAUAGACGCCCACGCAGACAUCAACACGCCUAAUACCUCAACAACCCACAACAUGCACGGGAUGCCGCUGUCGUUUGUGGUGAAGGAGCUUGAAAAGGAGAUUCCCGGAGACGUCAUGCCAUGGUGCAAGCCCUGUAUAUCUGCUAAACAAAUUGUCUACAUUGGACUCAGAGACGUGGAUCCUGGAGAGAGAAAAAUUAUCGAAGAUCGAGGAAUCAAAAGUUUCUCAAUGCAAGAAGUCGAUGAGCUUGGAAUUGUGGAGACAUUGAGACAAGCUUUGGAGCACGUUGACCCUAAGCACAAGGCACCCAUCCACGUCAGCUUUGAUAUAGACUCUGUUGAUCCGCAGUACACACCGUCGACUGGAACUGCAGUUAGCGGUGGUUUGACACUGAGAGAAAUGUUUUACAUUGCGGAGACAAUCUCAAAGACAGGACGUCUUUCUGUUCUGGAUGUGGCCGAGGUGAAUCCAAGGAUCGCUGAACAACACGCCCAGAAAACUGUCCAAAACACCAUGGACGUCAUCGCCAGCUUCUUCGGCAGACGUCGUGAGGGCAACUAUAUAAAACAGUAGCAACGCCACCUACAUGGGGUCGUCAUGGGAACAAGAAACAAAAAAAGCGACCACUUUUGUUUCCAUGAGACAAAAAAAAAGAUAUAUAUUUUUAAAAUAAAAAAAAAAAGCUUCCUGUAGUAUUUCUCUAGAUCUUUAAGUUUUACAUUUACACAAACAGAACUCGACUAGCGCAGUACGAAUGAAAUGGUACCAGCUACAGGAAAAGAAGCUACAAACAAAGUUUUCACGUCUGGGAAGGUUUUAAGUGAUAAGUGAAAAUGAUAGUUCUUAUUGCCCGCAGUCAGAUGUUUCUGUAACUAAAUAUUUUUUAUCUAACAUGUAUAUUUCAAUAUUAGUGUACUAAUUUUGUACCCUAAGCAUUACUUGUUAACUUGAAAUAAAAUUGAUUUUCAGAAUUAAAUAUAA